AUGGCAAGCCAGUCAGCAAAGGCGGGUUUGAGCUGGGGCAAGAGCAGGCCACAACGCGGCAACAGCUGGACACGCUGGAGGAAAGGCGUUGCUUGCGGACCGGUUGGCACAGCGCACUGGCGGGCUGAGAAAAAGACGGAGAAGAAGCGAGACAUCGUGCAUUGCGCUCUGCUCGUGGGCGGCCUGCUUCGCGCUGUUGCCGCCAGUUCGAUAGCGCUAGCAAGUACCACUAGGGACGGGGGGCCCGUCUAA